UUCACCAUAGUUGUACCAAAAUACACAUCUGUUCAAAUAUAAAGUUUUUAUCGUGUGCGGUCAGUGCUGUCCAACUUAUCAGUAUAAGUAAUGUCCCAUCUUUUUCAUGUUCACAGCACACAAAACUCAAGCAUCAUAAUGAAUCAUUCUUAUUACCUAAGGUUACCAUAAUAUAUUUCAUUGUUGGUCUGGUAGGAAUUAUGCCGAUAACUCGACCCAAAGUACAGAGAUUUUAGGAGCUAAAUAUUCUCAAUGAUGGUCAAUACACAAUAUAUUAUGGCUAAUAUCCUCCCUCCAGCUGAUCCACGAGUUGAAAACUGGCCACUAAUGAAAGAUCCAACACCUGUGUUUGUUACUGUUCUACUGUAUCUAACUUUUGUUCUCUGGUUGGGUCCAAAAAUUAUGAAAAAGCACCAAACACCGUUUAACCUACGGCCACUUAUGAUCGUUUACAACAUUUCUCUAGUUCUGCUUUCGAGUUGGCUAGUGUACGAAUUUGCUGUUUCAGGAUGGUUUACAGGAUAUUCGCUUGGUUGUCAAUCUAUUGAUCAUUCAAGAAGACCGAUUGCUAUGCGUAUGGCUAGUACUUGCUGGGUUUUUUUCAUUUCCAAAAUAAUUGAAUUAUUUGACACCGUAUUGUUUAUCCUCCGAAAGAAAUUUGAGUUAGUUAGCUUUCUUCAUGUUUUUCAUCAUGCAAUCAUGCCUAUUUCCUGGUGGUACGGUGUGAAGUAUGUCCCAGGUGGUUUAGGAACUUUUCAUGCAUUUUUAAAUUGUAUCGUCCACGCCUUUAUGUAUACUUACUAUGGUUUGGCUGCAGCUGGACCUCGUUUUCAAAAGUAUAUAUGGUGGAAAAAAUACUUAACUGCAGCCCAAAUAACCCAAUUCAUCAUUGUUAUUUUUCACUCAACAUAUGCAUUGAGUAUAACCGAUUGUAAUUACCCAAAAUUUUUCAGUUACUGGAUUUUGGCAUCAGCAUUGAUUUUUCUUUUUUUAUUUUCCAAAUUUUAUUACAAAGCCUACGAGAAACCAGUUCAUGCAUUAAAUGGAUCAAUAGUUGAUAAUAAAUACCAUAAUAAAGCUCAUUAAAUUAUUUUGUUAGAGUUUGUUUUGUUUUUUUCUCUUAAAUCUAAUAGAAAUCAGUAGUAAUGAUGACAGUCAUUAUAGUUGCAUAGGUCGGAAUCUAUUGAAUACAUAUAUGUAUAUCCACAAGGGUCUUUCUCUUUUUCUUACAUCAGUUCAUUCUUUAUGGUUGUUCAUCGUGAUAAACAUAAUAAUUCUUUAUGAUAUUUUCUCAAUGAUAUUACGUUAGUAUCUUUUACGGUUUUCUGUUUUGAUGUAGAAUUUCAUUUUGUAAAAGAUACAUCAUUCAAUUUUAUAAUUUGAUAUAAGCACACACACACACACAAACCUGCACAUUCAUACAAAUGAUUAUACAUGUAUCUAUGUACAUUUUUGUUACAAAUACAUUGUUCUUAUUGUAUAUUAAUAAUGUUCUCUUUUUAUGGUUAAAUAUUAUCAAUUUAAUAUCAGAUGGGUUUUGUGGAGAUUGUAGUAAUUUCAAUGGUUAAAAUCAUGAAUCAGUUGAAGCUAGACCACCAUGGAAAACCUGGAAGCAUUGGACGGCCGUUUUUAUUCCUAUUGUGAGACUCCUCAGCAGUGCGCAUCCAUGAUCUCGCCCCCUGCGACACUCGAACCCAGGACCUGAGUGGUUUGGUGUUUAAGUGCUCGCGCGCAAAAUCAGCAGGUCCUGGGUUCGAAUCUCGCGGAGGGCGAGGUCAUGGAUGUGCACUACUGAGGAGUCCUACAAUAGGAAUAAAAAUGGCCGUUCAGUGCUUCCAGGUUUUCCAUGGUGGUCU